CGUACACGUAAAACACAACGAAAUAUCGCCGAACAGCUGGGAGCGCAACGGACAAGAAUUUUGUAUUGCGUAUUGAAAUGCCGCACUCUAUGCUGAAAAAUCUGUACCCACACAACGAAAGCGAGUGCAAAAGUGUUUAACGCAAGAUACCCGCUAGACGAGCGCGGCGGCCUCUCCCACAAAUUUUUUAAACAAAAGAAAGGAAGGAAGAAAAAUCAAUAAAUAAAAUCAACACGCCCAGCUGCUAGUACAAGAUGGUCUUCGAGGCAGUUGUUGCCGAUGUCCUCAACAAGGUGCUGGGAGACUACAUCGAGAACUUGGAUCGUAACCAGCUCAAAAUAGGCAUUUGGGGAGACGAUGUGGUUUUGCAAAACCUAAAGAUACGCGACAGUGCCCUGGAAGAUUUGGACCUGCCGGUUCAGAUUGUCUACGGAUAUUUGGGUAAACUGGUACUGAAGAUACCAUGGAAGAAUCUGUACAGCCAGCCCGUGAUCGUGAACAUUGAAGAUCUCUAUGUCCUGGUCUCGCCCAAUAACAAUGUCCAGUACAAUGCGGAGAAGGAGGCCAAGUAUGAACUGGAUGCCAAGAUGGCGGCGCUAGAUGCCCUCGAGGCGGCCCGCAAAAAGGAGAUUGAGAAAAAUACAGCCAAGCCCGAUGCUGGAGUUGCCGAGCAACUAACUGCGCAGAUUGUGAACAAUCUGCAGGUGACGAUAAGCAAUGUGCAUUUGCGAUACGAGGACAGCACAACGACCGGCAGUCCGUUCUCCUUUGGCGUAUCGCUGCACAGUCUGGAACUCUUCACCACGGACAGCAACUGGGACAAUACCUACAUGACGGAGCAGGCCUCCCAGGUGUUCAAGAUAGCGAAUCUCUCCUGUCUGUCUGCCUACAUGAACUGCACCGCUCGUCUCUUUGCCAAGGAGGCGACAUCGCUCACAGAACUCUUCCAGACGAGCAUUGCCCGCAAGGACUUCAAGCCCCUGCACUACAACUACGUGCUGGGGCCCAUCUCGUGCAAUGCCAAGCUGAAGCUGAACAUGAAUCCCGAGCUCGAUAGCCCGGCCUUCCAGAUACCCAAAAUAGAUCUCUGCUUGGAAAUGGAAACCCUGAAUGUGGGUCUAACCAACCCCCAGCUCGACAAUAUUAUCAAGCUGGGCGAUGCCAUGAACCGCAUGCAGUUGGGCCUGCCCUACCGCAAAUAUCGACCGUACAACCUGCCUAUCAAGGGUCAUGCCAAGGAGUGGUGGCAGUUUGCAGCCAGCUCCAUACUCGAAGUGCAAGUGCGGAGACCGCGACGCUGCUGGACCUGGGCACACAUCAAGCAGCAUCGGGACCGCUGCAAUACUUAUGCACAGAAAUACAAGGAACGAGAGCUGAGCAAAAAGCCCCCAGCCAUCCUUAUAGAGACUUGUAGUCUGCUGGAACAGGAACUGGAUGCUUUCAAUCUGCUACUACUAGAGAAGCUAAGGGACACAGCGCCUGUGCCGAAGACAGGCUGGCUGAGUGGCUGGUGGGGCGGCGGAGCCAAGAAGGAGAACGAGGGCCAAGAUCAGAAUUUUGUACAAAAAUUCGAGGCUGCCAUGACGCCGGAGGAGAAGGCCAAGAUGUACAAGGCGAUUGGUUACGAGGAGAACGCGAAACCUCAGGAUGUGCCCGUAAAUUAUGAAGCGAUCAGAAUGAACUUUAAGCUGAUUGCCUUGAAGGUGGGUCUGGACCAGGACAAGGGCUCGGCCACCGACAAUAGAAUUUCGUACGACUACCAAGAUCUGCCGUCGCUGGUACUGCUCAAGUUCUCCAUGGCCACGGCCUCGGUGAGCCAGCGACCAGCUGCUGACGCCAUCACCAUCACCGCUGGCAUGAAGGAACUCAAGGUGUCGGGCCUCGUUCGCGACGGCCGUACACCCAUGCUCGUGGAGUCGAAGAUAACCGACGAAUUUAAUCUGCUGGACAUAUUCUUCGAGACGAAUCCAUUGGACGGACUCAGCGAUCAGAGAGUGAAGAUCGUGGCGCGUCCUCUACAAAUCAUAUACGAUGCAGAAACAAUCCUGAACCUCAUAAGUGUGUUCCAGCCGCCUAAGGAUAUGACACUCUCAAGGUUCGAGAACGCUGCCAGCCUGCAGCUGAACAGCAUCAAGGAGCGCUCGGCCACGGGCAUGCAGUAUAUGAUUGAAAUGAAGUCCGUUCUUGAUGCGGACAUCCUGCUGAUGCCCAACGUUCUGGUGGUGCCCCAUAAAGGCGUAUAUGCUGCGGACCAGUCCUCCCUUGUGGUCAUCAGCAUGGGACAGGUGCACUUGACGACCAACACCCGGCGCCGUGCGUCGACUAGUGUGUUUGGCUCCAGCGAGGAGCGAGGCGAGAUUCUCAAGAACGUCAUGGAGAACGCUUACGACAGAUACAUCAUUAAGGUGGACGACAUUCAGCUACUGGUGGCGCGCCCUGGCGAGCCGUGGGAUCAUGUCCUCAAGGCAGCCGUCUCCACGGAUAUGCAUGUGCUCCAACCCGCCUCCCUGAUGAUCACUGCCGCCCUCUGCGUGGUGGACAAUGACCCCCGAAUGCCCAAGAUGAAGGUGGACAUUGAGAUUCCCACCGUCCAAGUGAACAUCUCCGAGGAUCGGGUGAUUGAUGCCAUCUCAGUGGCCACGAGCAUACCCCUGCCAGAAGCGUCCGAGCCAGCGGCGCAGCUGAUAAUGACGCGCUCCCGCAGCUCGCUCUCCAGUUUCCUCAACAAGGACGUGAUCAAGUUCGGCGGCAGUAAUGGAGGGAACACCGCAACCUCGGCCGUGGAGGAGAUCAUACAGUACACCAAUUUGGAGGUGAACUUCUCACUGAAGGAGAUCUCUUUCGGCCUGUAUCAGUCAAACAGGCUGUGCGAGAACGAUUCGGAUGUCACCAUUGAGUUUCUGACUCCGGAAGGAACUGCAAUGCCGUCCCCUAUGGAUGCACCGCAACCGAAAACAACGGUGGAGAAGCCGAGCCUGGAGGCGGCCUUUGCAAGGCGUUCACCCCAGAUUCUGUCCGUCCAGGUGCACCAGCUUGAAGCAACAUUGGCUCAGCGAACCUACGAGACAGUUGCCACAGUCAAGCUGGGGGGCGUGAAGAUCAAACAGUUCGACUGUCAGGAGAACAACCAGGAGGUUCUGGACAUAAUUCACACGCCCGGAUACAACCAGGGCGAGAAUCUGGGCCAGAGCGUGAACUACCUGUUCACCGUCUCGUAUACGAUGGCUGACAAGACAUCGCCAGAGUUUAGCACCAAAUACAACUCCACGGAGCAGCUGAUCGUCGCCAACUUCGAGAUGCUUCAGAUUGUGCUGCAUCAGGAGUGUCUGCUGCGAGUUCUGGAGCUGGUGACGGACUUCCAGAAAAAUCUGGACAAUUUGCUGCAGACCGACAAGCCGCGCGAUCGCUAUGCCCUCGCUGGAGCCGGCGAUGGUCUCAAACAAAAGCUCAAUGUCAUCCUUGAAGACACUGAACAAAUCAUGGUCCCCAAACAAACCAAAAUAAGAUGUAUGAAGGCAUCCCAGCGGCGUGUGGAGAGCGUGAAGCUGCGCUUGAUCGCCAACCUCAAUCAAGUGGGGUUGAUGCUAACCUCGAGAAGCCGCCCGCUGGCGGAGAUGAACGUGAAGAAAUGUAUUCGAAUGGGGUUCAACGUCCGAUAUCCGACAAUAAUCGCUACCUCUUCGCUUUUUGUUGGGCACAACAAGAAGAUAAAUCUUAUACUGCAUGUGGAUGAGCCGGAUAUAAUCCUCGUGGAAAGCCUGGACGAUCUGAACACAAAUGCCAUCAUCUUCAAUGCUCAAGCUCAUCUAAAUUAUCGCGCCAUAGAUGACAAACAGAUCAUUAAUGGACAAAUCGAUGCACUCAAGAUUUACAUGAGCGCCUUUCUGCCGGAGCGGCGGGAGCAGACGCGCCACUACAUUUUGCACCCGUGAGUGAUCAGCCUGCAGGGCUCCACGCCCGAAGAGCAGGGCCUGCAUAUUAGUCUCAAGCUAAGCGAUAUCAUAAUCAACGUGUCCCCCGCCACGAUCGAGCUUCUGAAUAAGGCGAUAAUGAGCAUAGCCAGCGGUACUGCUGUAAAGGCAGUCAUGGAAAACGAAACGAGACACACACAGCUCUGGUAUCCGCACAAUUUCCGCAACCGAUUCUAUUGGUUCACCAGGGUGGAUGAGGGCCUCGAUGCCCUGCAGUUUAUUAACAACGAACUGAAAGAAUCCGCGAAGCAGAAGACGGAGAAGUGCGUCAUUGAGCUGCCCAGCAUCACGGUUGUAAUUGAGUCGGGCGUGGGAUACUACACCAAGCCCCUCAUAUCGCUGGAUACACGCAUCACAGCCGUCUUUAACAAUUGGAGCCGUAACCUGAGCGCACAUGGAUCGCUGACCCUCAACAUGAACUACUACAACCAGUGCCUCGCUGAGUGGGAGCCAAUUAUAGAGCUAAACGAGGUGGUGGGCUGCAACGGAGUCAGCGAGUACACGCCCUGGGAGCUGAAGUUUGACUUGGCCACGGAGAAGGUGCAGAGCGAGACGAACGAUGCGUUGGAGCAGCAAACCAUCAACAUGGUCAUCCAUUCGGAGGAGAAUCUGGAGAUAACAUUCAGCAAAACGAGCUUGUCCCUGCUCGGCGAACUGAGCGAGGCCUUCUCGCAGGCCAUCGACCAGAAGAGUCUCGCCAAACCGGAUGUAGUCGCGCCCUAUGUCGUGGAAAACGACACGGGCUUUGACCUCACCCUCAAUCUGGGCGGCGGCAUCUUCACCCUGCACGAGGUGUAUCGCGGAGGCGGUCAUUCUGUCAACAGUUCAUUGCUAAUGUCCUCCAGCGAACUAUCCUCCGAGGUGGAUCCCAAUGACAUACAAAUUUGCACCAUUUCAGCCGGUGGACGAGCCUAUCUGCAGACCAAGGACCUCAGCACAUUAACCGAUGAUCAGGCCGAGGACUACAAUCUCUAUUUGACGAUUGGUUCCAUCGAGAAAAGAGUCGUGGUGCCCGUGUCAAAGUCCGAUACAAGAUACUUCCCCCUGAUGCGGGGCAUAUCCCAUGAUCACUGGUGCAUCAUUUCCGAAGUGAAGCAGGACUAUGGCACCACCACAGUGAACACUCAUGGUGUCGUCAGCGUCUUUAACCACUUUACUACCACCAUCAGCGUGUAUCGGCGCAAGACGACGCACAAAAGUGAUAUUUUUGUGGGCAGUGCUGGACCCGGGAAAGUGUUCAAUGUGCCCCUUCACGCCAUUUACGCGGACUCCAAGGAUUUGUUCUUCUCCUUUCCGGGCUACAAGACCUCGGUGCAGGGUAUUUCCUGGAGCGCCAGUCCCUCGGACCUCAACUACUCGCAUCAGCUGCAGUGCGACCCCAUCUCCACAUUUGAACCGCUGUACAUAAACGCCACGAGGACAAAGAAUGAGGUCUAUCACGAGAUUACCAACAAAUUUAAGCUAUUGAGCGCCUUCUACACCAUCCACUUGCGCCCGCCUCUGUACCUACGCAAUGCCCUCCCCAUCAACAUAAUGGUUUCGGUGGCUGGGUGCUCUGUGCGAAGGGACUCGCUGGAGGUCACCCGCAGCUCACCUGAUUUGGCUAUAAAGAACAUCAGAGAGGACUUCCUGGAUUACGGCGAGAAGCAAGUGAGUCCCGGCGACGUUCUGCAUUUGCCUACUGUCCGCCUGUCGGAAAAGGGAAAGGACGGCAAAAGCUUUCUGGUUGUUCGACUGCUACAAUACCUAGAGAAGGACUGGUCCUGUGCCACCGAAAUUUCCGAGUGCAGCGGCGAACUCUGCACGUGGACGUUUUCAUCGUACGACUCUGAGAUGAAAGUGGAUAUGGAGCUCAAUGUGCGACCAGAGGAUCGACACGGCAGCAUGAUGCUCACGUUGUUCAGCCCCUUCUGGAUGAUCAACAAAACGGGGGAGAUGCUCACCUAUAAAACAGAGGCCACAUCGGUGGAGGUGUUAUACCAUCCACCGGAGUAUAGUGGACCUAUACUUCUUACCUUUCGUGAUAAUGUGUUUUUCGACAAGAAGAAAGCUUCGAUUCGCUGCGACAAUGGGGAUUGGAGCGAGAAGAUUCCUCUUGACGUGGCCGGUUCGGUGGGCGAAGUCACCUGCCAUGCCAACGAUCGAAAAUAUCACAUCGGCGUUCACAAUCACUUGACCCAGGACUCGUUGACCAAGCAGAUCACCUUCAUACCAUUCUAUAUCGUCUGCAACAGAUGCCCCUACAAAAUCGAGCCCCAGGAGCAGAGUCGUCCGGGCGAUCCGUGGAUGGCCCUUCAACCUAAUCAGUUUGAGCCUUUGUGGCCGAAAAACGACCACAAGCACAAUCUCAUGGUUCGGUUGGAAGAGAAGGUGACGCCUGCCUUCGACUACACCGAGGUGAUCUGUACCCUGCUGAAGCUGGAGAACAGCAGACAUGGAGGCAUCAACGUGGACGUGCAGACAACGGAGGGCGGUGUAUACAUAACAUUCACAGAGUAUCAGAAAUGCGAUGCACCGGGGCUGCUCAUCAAUCACACCAGAAAGGAAAUCUGCUACCAGAAGAAGAACACCAAAGAGGGUAAAAUUCUGUAUGCCAAAAAUAAUAUUAUGUUCGCGUGGAGUCAUCCGACGGGUCCCAAGAUUCUUGUAUUUGGCAAAAACAAACAGGAAACCGACUUGCGACGUGACGACAUUGGUGAGGUUGUCAUGCAAGACGGCACCAAGGCCUUCUGGGUCUCCUUCUUGGACGUCUUGCAGCGUGUGUUGCUGUUCACCGAAGUCGAGUCGAUAGCCAAACGUACAGAAACCACCGCCUCCCUGCAGACGAUUACGCAGAGCAUCGAUCUGCGCAUCCAUAGCAUCGGUCUGUCUGUGAUAAACAAUCAGACAGGCCUAGAUAUACUGUACCUGGGUGUCACCAGCUCUGGCAUCAUUUGGGAGUCCAAGAAGGAGGGUAAGAAGCGUUUUAAGGAAAUGACCAUUCACGACACCGACCUUCUGGAGGCCGAGUACCAGCAGUAUCUGGUGCACAAAAGCGUUAACGAUGUCCAGAACUACAAGCUAGACAAUAAAUUUCCAAUCGACUUCGACGGAAUGGUGCUAAAGAAGGCCGUUGAUCGACAGCUGAGACGCAGCUUCUACCCGGCCAUUUGGGUGUCGAACAAGUCAUCACCAUUCCAGAAUCAGCUGCAUAUCAAAAUCAAUCGUGUCCAGGUGGACAACCAGUUCAUCGAUCCCAUAUUCCCAGUCGUGCUAGCCCCGAUACCGCCGCCCAAGAGCGUGGCCAGCACCACGACUCUGAAACCGUUUAUUGAGUGCAGCAUGGUGCAGCGCGUCAUGCCCAACUCGACGGUCAAGCAGUUUAAGUACGCCAAGAUACUGAUUCAGGAGUUCCACUUCAAGGUGGACAUACUGUUCCUAACGGCCAUUGCUGAGAUGUUUGCUAAGGAGGUUUCCGAUAAGGUGGCGGCCAAGCAGUUCCGCCAAGAUGUCGACUCCAUUGAGCAGCCCCUGUCCGCCUUCUUCGAACUUCACUCGCAGCAGGAGCAGAAAAACUUCUACGACAGUCUCCACUUGGGGCCACUCAAGAUACAUGUCAGUUUCUCGAUGGCCGGAUCGGACACCACUGCAAUGCCAGGCUUCCUGGGCACACUAGUGCAAGGCGUAGGCGUGACCCUAACCGAUGUGAACGAUGUCGUUUUCCGGCUGGCUUUCUUCGAGCGCGAAUAUCAGUUCUUCACGCAGCAGCAACUAAUAAACGAGAUUACCUCGCACUACACGGGGCAGGCACUGAAGCAGCGUAAUGUCCUCGUCCUCGGCCUGGAUGUCCUUGGCAAUCCAUAUGGCUUGGUGGUAGGACUUAAAAAGGGCGUAGAGGACUUGUUCUAUGAGCCAUUCCAGGGGGCUAUACAAGGGCCUGGCGAAUUCGCUGAGGGUCUCGUCCUGGGCGUUAAGUCCCUCUUCGGCCACACUGUAGGCGGGGCAGCUGGUGCCAUGUCCAAGAUUACUGGCGCCAUGGGCAAGGGGCUGGCAGCACUUACCUUUGACGAGGACUACCAAAAGAAACGGCGCCAGGGCAUGAACAACAAGCCGAAGAAUUUCCACGAAGGAUUAGCGCGAAGCAGCAAGGGCUUGGUGAUGGGCUUUGUGGACGGGGUGACCGGUGUUGUAACUAAACCUGUGAGUGGAGCUCGCGACCACGGAGUUGAGGGUUUCUUCAAAGGAUUGGGCAAGGGAGCUAUUGGUCUGAUCGCCCGCCCCACCGCUGGUGUGGUCGACUUUGCCAGUGGCAGCUUUGAGGCGGUUAAACGCGCUACAGAGGCUAACGAGGACGUCAAGCGGCUGCGUCUCACUCGCUUUCAACACAAUGAUCAUGUGCUGAGACCCUAUUGCUUCAGCGAGGCCAUGGGCAACAAAAUGUUGAAGGAACUCGACAAGGGAAAGUAUGCCAGCACCGACAGCUUCGUGCAUUGCGAAGAGAUUAUCCAGAAGGCCGAGUAUCUUCUGGUCACCAACUACCGCCUGGUGUAUAUCCAGCGAAACGAGAUGUUCGGCAUCUGGACGUCGCUCUGGUCGUACCUAUGGAAUGACAUUAACUCCGUAGAUGCUACGACGCUCGGUGUACAAAUCACUGUCAAAGUGGAGAGCAAGAAAGUGCUGGGAUUUUUCAGCUCCAAGGAAUCGCCCCGCAGGCUGGUGCUGCUGGCAGAUGACCGCAAGCGCCGCGCCCUCAAGGAAAUUAUCGAAUCUCAUUUAGGCGACAGCAUUUCCAACGUCACAGCCACAUCCUAUUAUCCUGGUCAAAAAAAUAACUAAAUCUGAAUUUAUCUGCUAACUGUAUUAUAAUCCGGCACAUCCUCAUGGCGGCUCCAGUGGCAGCUACUGAGCUACUGCCUUGAUCCACCUUCUGCCUCUGCCUGCGUCUCUGCAACUAGUUUGAAUAAAUGCAAGCAAAUCCACACUUAAAUCCA